CAUGAGAUGCAAGCGCCCACGCUAUGAAGAAAUCAUGGUGGAACAUUGUGUAUUUCACAGGAUUUACGUCCUGAUUAAUUGCAAUAAAACCUCAAAGCAGUUGAGACGGGCGAUAGAACCCUUCCUGCUUCUUUGCGGGCUCUAAAAGAUUUCGUGCCUCCCUGAAAUUUCUACCGUCCUUUCCAAAGACUCCAAUCUACACUGCAGUACGUACGUAGUAGGAGACUCUGGACUCUGGGAAGUCACAGAAUCAUAGAAUUGUAGAGUUGGAAAGGACCUCAAGGGUCAUCUAGUUCAACCCCUUGAAAUCAGUGCCAUGUGGGGCUUAAGUGCAGAAAACUCGGGAGCUGCUGAGACUGGCACAGAGACUGACACAGAGGCAACUACCGCAGAGGUAAAGGAUUAAUCAUCUCUGAUGCUUCAAGUUUCACGAGUGAUCCUUUGGGACCUUCCCAUGAAAGGGCAGCGUCCCCGCUGUCAACCAGGCUGCUUGGAGCUCCCUCUAGCGGGGAAUGAGGCUCUCGCUCUUCGUUGCACUCUUAUACUGUAUCUCUCUUCGCGCGUACUUUCGCUUUCUUCUUUGCUUUUUGUAGUGCGACGACCGGGAGGGAGAGGGAAUAAAAGCGAGAGAGAGAGAGAGUUGGACGAAGAAAAGGGUCAGAGACCAGCAAGCAAAGCCUCGGAAGAGGGAAACUGAGCUUUCCAGCAUAAAAAUCGGACAGGCAGCAGGAAAGGAGUACACCGAGAUCCACAAUGAUGGAAGACUUUGAGGUAGCCGUUUCUCAGGGCCAAUUGGCAGAUGCUGUGUCGCACGUGCUGGCAAAACCACUGCACUUUUUCAACAGCACUCCACUCAACGUUGCCGUAGUAGGAGAGCCCGGCUCCGGGAAGUCUUCCUUCAUCAAUGCCAUGUUGGGUCUUCAUGCUGAUGACCCGCGUGCCGCUGCAACCGGCAUACAGAUGACAACAUUGCAAGUCAAGGAUUACCCACACCCGACACUUCCACAAGUGAUCCUUUGGGACCACCCCGGAAAGGGAACGCCAACUUUUGGGAAGGACAAAUUUGAGAAGAAGGUUGAUUUAAAUCACUUUGAUUUCUUCGUUAUCGUCGGCUCCCAGCGCUUCCGUGCCACCCAUUCUGACCUGGUCCAUGAGAUCCAAGAUAUGGCCAAGAAUUUCUACUUUGUGCGCACCAAAGCAGACCUGGACCUGUCGGCCGCCAAGAGGCAACAGCCAUCCGACUACAAUGAAGAGAAGGUCCUCUUGCACAUCCAGGAGGACUGCAAAGAGUGCUUGGUAAGAGAAGGAGUGAGGGACCCACAAGUCUUCAUCGUCUCCAACUGGGAAGCCGACCGCUUUGAUUUCCCCCUCCUGCAGGAAAUGCUGAAGAACGAUCUCUUGCGACUGAAGAGGCAAGCCUUUCUGCACCGCUUCCCUAGCAUCUGUCUGCCUAUCUUAGAGAAAAAGAAAGCCUCUGUGAAGGAGAAGAUUUGGACCAACAGGCUUUGUUUGUUGGUCGCUCUUGGAAGCCCAGUUCCUUUCCUUCUUCCCAUAUUUCUGUUUAGUAAGUUCCGCUCCUGGUGCUUUCUAGACUUUGGCCUGAACGAUCGAUCCCUUGCAGCUCUGGCCCAGCGUGUUGGAAAGACAAGCACAGCCCUUAAAGCAGCAAUGCAGUCCCUGGGAAUGUUCUCUGCCAUUUUAUGGGUGCUGCCAGACUUGGUGGGACUCUCAGUGAUGGCUUAUGAAUAUCACCGCUGGGAGCAUUUCCCCAUCUUUGGCUGCCUUCUGUCCGGAGGGGUUUCACUUCUUCGCACCUACUUCAUGCUGCAGAAAUGCAUAUCGGGUGCUGCGGAUGACACCCAGAGUGUUCUGUCCAAAGCUCUUGAGGCAGAAGGGAAAAAGUCAAUUUAGCAGCAAACAGCUGCACAGAUGUGUCUGCAGGGAUAGCAGUUUGCGCAAGCUUCUGUGGACUCUCAAGUCAUGUCUUGCAAACCUAGAAUAUUAUGACUAAGUGCUUGAUAGAGCAUCUGGAGAAUUAUACAGGUUUCCAUUUUUAAAACAACCACACCAAAAGACAUUUUAAAAAAUAAUGAUCAGAUGAUCAGGUUUUUUAUUUUAAAAAUUCAAUAAAUAUUAGGCUUCUCAAAAAAAUUUUUUUAAAAAAAACCCUAAGUGAAAUAAUCCGAAUGCCAGCAUAAUACCCCUUCAGUUCCUUUUUAAAAAUUAGUAUCUCUACGUACAGUAAUGUAUAAGAAUUAAGACCAAUACCAAAAGGAGACUUUGGGACAAAUGGACUUUUUACUAGUCAUAAUUCUUUCAGUCCACUAAUGAAUUGUUCUGUAUCUGAUGUCAGAUUAGAAAAAACUAGCGACGUAUUUGAACCUGCUUGCAAGGAUGGUCUCAAAUUAUUAUUUAUGCAGGCUGCAGCAUUCACCGUGUGUGUGUGUGUGUGUGUGUGUGUGUGUGUGUGUGUGUGUGUGUUGCCUUUGCUUUUUUCUUUAAGAACAAGAGUUAGCUCUAUAUCACAAGUACCAUGCAACAUCUAUUUCAGAAUUUUCUUUCCCUCAUACACACUCAAACUGAAGGAGGGCAUCCAGCUAGACAGGAGCCUCCACAUUUGUUAAAUAGAAAGUUGAGGAAAUUUUAAUCUGUUUUAGUAUUUUAACUCUUGCAUAUCUUAAAGCACGGCUGUAAUUGUUUCCUGGUUUUAUUGUUUUAUCUCUUUGCAAACCACUUUGAGGUUUUAUUAGAAUUGAGUGGUGUACAAUAUAAGGUUUCAUGAAAUAAACUAAUUGGUU